AUGACAGGCCAGACCGAGACUGACAUACCAGAAACAGGAGCCGUAUUCACGUUCGGGAAAAGCAAUUUUGCUGGUAACAUGCCUUGUAAAUUCUGGCUGAAGAAUGACCGUCCAGUGCAGAUCUCGUGUGGGGGAGAACACACUGCCGUCAUCACAGGCAAUGGCAGACUGUUCAUGUUUGGCGGCAAUAGCUGGGGCCAACUAGGGCUGGGGUCAAAGCCCAUUGCCAACAAACCUACGCCUGUGAAAGCCUUGAAGUCUGAGAAAGUGAAGCUUGCAGCCUGCGGGAGGGAUCACACCAUCGUCUGCACGUGGCGAGGGAGUGUGUAUGGUGCUGGCAGUAACCAGGAAGGGCAGCUUGGUUUGGGCCACUGUAAUGACACCACAUACUUUGACUUAUUGCAUUCCUUCACUGACCAUGCACAAAUCAAAAUGCUGUCUGCAGGAUGCAACACCUCAGCUGCCUUGACAGAGGAUGGGAGGCUGUUCAUGUGGGGGGACAACUCAGUGGGCCAGAUUGGUCUGGGGGAGGAGAGCUUUGCCCCAGAGCCUAGAGAGGUGACCGUGGGACAACGGGUAUCAUGGGUGUCCUGUGGAUACCACCAUUCAGCAUUCGUCACGGAGGACGGAGACCUCUACACUUUCGGCGAGAGCGAGAACGGAAGGCUUGGGCUCUACCCGGAGCAACUGGCCAAUCACAGAGUCCCUCAGCGGGUGCAAAGCAUUCUGGGACGUGUCACCCGGGUGUCCUGUGGUGGAGAACAUACUGCGGCGCUCACAGAGGAGGAGGUGUACACAUUCGGCCGCGGUCAGCACGGCCAGCUGGGCCAAGGCACCUUUCUGUUCGAGGCGGAUUUGCCAAAACCAGUCGAGCACUUCCGCAAUGGUAGCGUCCGUCACGUCACGUGCGGGGAGAGCCACACCGCCGUCAUCACGCACCACGGAUUUCUCCACACUUUUGGUGACGGCCGCCACGGGAAGUUGGGUCUAGGGGAGGAGAAUUUCAUCAAUCAGUUCAGUCCAACGCUGUGCACGCGCUUCCUGAAAUACGGCGUACAGUCGGUGACCUGCGGUGGCAAUCACAUGCUGGUGCUGGCCACACCCAGACCGCCCGAGAGCGAAGAGGUGCUGAUGGUGGAGAAUAGUGACGCUACAGAGUUCAGCUACACAGAAAUACUUUUGGGGGACCCUCCCAUCGCGCCCACCCCAUCCACCGUACCCCAUCUCUGGUCUCUCUCUGCCAGGAGCCGGCGCAGACAAAGGGAGAGUUCUGUGGAGCAGUUUGGGAAGAUGUUUCAGAAUGUCUCUCCUCUACUAUCGGGUCUGCCCAACACAUCCUCGCCAUUGUCUAAAUAUUCACGUCUUCGACCAACAUCCAAAGGAGGAAGAACAAAACGGCGUUCUGCAAGGUCCCGCCUCACCACAAACAGUGUUCAAAAACAUUUCAACAGCAGUAUACGGAGCCUGGAGAGUGUCUCCAGCCAUGAAAGAGAAUCUCCUCUGAAAGAAGUGAUUGUUGACGAUGCGGAGGAAAAUAUUUCAGAGAGAGAAGUCAGCUGUGACCCUUCGGUAAAUACGGAAAAGAAAAAAGGAAGAGCCACAAGGAGAGAUUUAAAAGAGGCAGAGAGACCUGUUGAAUCAACCCAGUCCAACCUGGAGGCCUCCACAGAACCUAUGAGAAGCUCCAGCUCACAAUCCAUAAAGAAUAAAGUCUUACUGCCGAAGAACCCAAAGAGUUCUAAAAUACCCCAGGGAGCAUACAAAGGCAAGGAGAACAGCACCAAACAGAAUAUCAAAAGCAAACCUGUGGACGAGCAGGAAUCAUCUGAAGUUGGCAGCACUGAGCUGAAAGGAAAAAAGAAGGCAAAGGAAUCAAAACCUAAAAUAAAAGAGAAAACAAAGGCGGUGGACGGGGAAGAAAGUGUGAUGAAAGUUAAAGCUGAACAUUACAAAAAACAAAUCAAACCGACAGAAUUCACGCAUAGUGACAUCGAGGAUGGUUUGAAGGACACACCAGUGAAGGUGAGGAGCACGCUAAUUGAGGUUUCCAGUCAAAACUUAACCCAUGACGGUAAACCCAGCGAUCUGGUAGGGGACUUUACGAGCUCGCAGAACAGAAAGCGGACAGAUGGGAUUUCUGUCGCCGGUGGCGAAUCUGAACCACAGGAAGAAGAUUUUCUCAUUUCUUCUGACAAAGAUAGCAAAGAUAGACCAGAAAUCUUAGGGGAUGAUUCUUGGGGUGUGACUGAAGAUAACAAGCCAAGGUUGGAAGAGGUUAUCGCCAGUGCCGUCUCUCUUCUUCCGGCUGCAGCAGCCCUGACCGAUGCCGUGACAAGCGCGAGGGAUUUCCACUCCGACAGCGACACGGCGGCCACUUCUCUGGCAUCGCAGAGAUCCAGUCGAGCCGAACGCUUCACAAAGCAGCGUGCAAUCAUCCAACCUUCCUUCUCCUCUCCAUCGCGUUCACUUUCAGCCUCCGAACCAAAUGCGGUGGAGCAGAGCGGGAAGGCCAGCGAUCCACCAGAAUCCGGAAGUGCACAAACAGGAGACAGAAGCAGCAACGCCUCCUGGGAUGACAACCCAAGUGACAGUGCCCCCUUGUCUGUUAUGAGUGACAGGUCACAAGGUCAGACAGAGAUAGGUGAGGGUGAGGGCAGCAAAGGCCAAAAGUCACAGACAGAUGAUGAAGACAUUUCACAGACAGAGAGGAGCAGGGACAGCACUGACACGAUGAUUUCCCAUCAAGAUCACGAUAAAGAGGAGGGUGAGGAUAGUGAAAUUAGCAAGGAUCCAGACACAGAAGCAGAAAAUGAGGGAGGAGAACAGGAGGAUGAAGGAGAGGAGGGAGUAAGUGGGAGUGGUGUGGAGGAUGAGGAGGAGAGAAGUGAAGGGAGCGAUGAAAGCGAUGUAGAGGAAGAAGAAAGCAGCAAUUCUGUGAGUGGUGGAAAGGAGGAGGAGGAGGAGGAAACUAGCCAGGGAGAGGAAGGUGAGGAGGGAACAGUGUCUAGCUCUGACGGAGGAGAAGAAGAGGAGAGCGGUGAGAAGAGUUCCGACAGUGAAAGUGAGUCAAAUGUCGAGGAGAAGGAGAGUGAGGAGGGAGAGAGUGACUCUGAAGCAAGCAAAACAGACAAGGAGGAAGAGGAAGGGGGGAGUGCGGAUGAGUCGAGUGAAAGAGACAGUGAAGACGGGGAGGAAGAGGAAAGUGGUGGGGGAUCGGUGAGUGAGAGUGAGGAGGGAUCAGAGAGAGGGGAAGAAGAAGACGAGCAGGAUGGUGAAGGCUGUGAAGACGCAGAGUCUGGGUCAGGCAGGAGUGAAGAGGAGAACAGUGAGGAGGAGGAAGAGAGGGAGAGCAGAACAGAGGAUGAAGGGGAUGACAAGGACUCAUCCGAAAGCGAGGAGGAGGAGGAGGAGAAAGGGGAGGAAGAAGAUAGUGAGGGUGAGGAGGAGGAUGCGGAGGAUGAUGGGGGGACAGGUGAAAGCGAGGCAGAGGGAGCGGAAGAUGAUGAUGAUGAGAAACAGGAUGAAGACAGUGGAGGGGAUGAAGAAGAUGAGGGAGAUGUGGAAGGUGAGGCAGCUGAAGAGCAGGCUGAAACGGAUGAGGAGGAAGAAGAGGAAGAUGUCAACGAGGAAGAGGAAAGUGAAGCUGAAGACAAGGUUGGUGAGGAAGAGGAGGAGGAAGAGGAGCGAGAGGAAAAGAGCAAUAGAAAAAAGGAGGUGACAGAUGAGGGUGAGGAGGAAGAAAAAGAAAGUGAAGAGGGUGAGGAGGCAGAGGAAGAAGGCAGAGAAGGAAAUGAACGAAAGAAGGAAAAUAUAAAGGGUUAUGAAGAUGCAGGGGUAGAGACUGAUGGUGAUGAUGAGGAGGAGGAAGAGGAAGCAGUUGAUGUAGAGGAAGAUGAAACAAAGACUAACAGUGUUAUGGCAUCAGAGGAUGGUGAAGAUAAGAAAGAAAAUUACAUUAAAGAAGAACGGGAACAUGGGAUGGAACGUCAGAGAGGAGAUCCGGAGGAAGAGGAAAACGCUGAGGGGAAGGGAGGAGAGGAUAAGAGAACAAGUGGCAAGGAUGAGGAGGGAGCUGACAAAAAAGAAGAUGCCAAGGUGGAGAAAGAUGACAUUCAGGAUGAGGGAAAAGAAGAUGAGGAGGGAACGGAUGAAGAUGACGAAGAGGGAGAUGAAGAGGAGGAUGAGGAUGAGGGAGUAGAAGAAGAUGAGGAAGGAGAGGAUGAAGAUGACAAAGAGGGAGAGGACGAGGAGGGGGAGCACGAAGGAGAAGAAGAGGGGGAGAACGAAGGAGAGGAUGAGGGAGAAGAGGAAGAGGAAGAGGAGGACAAAUUUACAAAUGAAAAUGUAGAAGAAGAGGAAGACGUGGGGGAAGAAGAAGAGGAAGAAGAGGAGGAGGAAGAAGAGGAACAAAAAGCAGAAAAAGAGGAGGAGGGAGAUGAUGAAGAGGAAGAAAAGCAGGAGAAACAAAAAGAAAAGGAAAAUAUAGGGGAAGAAGAAGAGGGGGAAGAAGAAGAGGAAGAAGAGGAGGAGGAAGAAGAGGAACAAAAAGCAGAAAAAGAGGAGAAGGAGGGAGAUGAUGAAGAGGAAGAAAAGCAGGAGAAACAAAAAGAAAAGGAAAAUAUAGGGGAAGAAGAAGAGGGGGAAGAAGAGGAGGAAGAAGAGGAGGAGGAAGAAGAGGAACAAAAAGCAGAAAAAGAGGAAGAAGAGAAGGAGAAGGAGGGAGAUGAUGAAGAAGAAGAAAAACAGGAGAAACAAAAAGAGGAAAAUAAAGAGGAAGAAGAGGAGGAAGAAGAAGAAGGGGAAGAGGAGGAGGAGCAGGGAGAUGAAGAAGAGGAAGAAAAAAACAAGAAACAAAAAGAAGAAAAGGAAACUAAAGAGGAAGAAGAUGAAGAGGAGGAGGAGGAGCAGGGAGAUGAAGAAGAGGAAGAAAAACGGGAGAAACAAAAAGAAAUUGAAAAUAAAGAGGAAGAAGAGGAGGAGGAAGAAGAAGAGGAGGAGGAAGAAGAAGAAGAACAAGAGGACCAAAAAUCAGAAAAAGAAAAUAAAGACGGAGAAGAAGACGAAGAGGAAGAAGAGGGGGAAGAGGAAGAAGAAGAGGUGAAAUCAACCAAAGAGAAAAAAAGAGACGUUCAGAGUUUGCCUCCUAAAGUCAUUCUCAGAGAGGAUAAAGAAAAGCAGCAGAGAGAAAAACCUCAACCAGCUGCCAGAACUAAACUGCAGACUUCAGGGCGGAAACAAGGUGGCGGCUCUCCGGACUCCCAACAGUUCUGGAACAAUGUUCUGCCUCAGUAUCUGGACCUACAGUGA